UUAGACGGCGCAGAUCUCUCCACCCCCUUAAAGAACCCAGCUCGUGAAAAAACUAGAGAGAGAAACUGAGACGUGAGUUUUAGAGAGAGAAACUGAGAGAGAAAAGAUUUGAGGAGUUUUGGGGUUUUUCCUCGCUAUUCUGACUAGAGAGGAGAAAAAGGAAGAGUAUUUUUGUUUCGGGUCUGAUUGGAUCCGAGUGUCCGACCCGGCCCGCAUUUUCAGUGCUAUCAGUGACAAGAUGGUUGCUCAGGACUUCCAAGUUGAUUUGAAUAAAGGCCUUGUAUUCCAGGUUGGCCAUCUUGGAGAAGCAUAUCAAGAAUGGGUUCACCAGCCUAUUGUCUGUGUGGAAGGCCCUCGAUUUUUCGAAAAUGAAUUUUGGGAGUUCUUGACCCGCACUGUGUGGUGGGCAAUUCCUACCAUAUGGCUUCCGGUGGUGUGUUACUUUAUCUCCAAGUCUGUACGGAUGGGCCAUACCUUUCCUGAAAUAGUUCUGAUGGUUCUUUUUGGCAUUUUUGUGUGGACAUUGCUUGAAUAUACGUUGCAUCGUUUCCUUUUCCACAUUGAAACAAAGAGCUAUUGGGGGAAUACCGUACAUUAUCUUCUCCAUGGCUGCCAUCACAAACACCCAAUGGAUGGUUUGCGACUUGUUUUUCCUCCGACUGCAACAGCAAUCUUAUGUUUUCCGUUCUAUAACUUGGUUAAGCUGAUGUCCUCCCCCUCUGUUGCUCCUGCUUUAUUUGCUGGUGGUUUAUUGGGUUAUGUCAUGUAUGAUGUUACCCAUUACUACCUUCAUCAUGGUCAGCCAUCCAGUAAGGUACCCAAAGAUCUCAAGAAAUACCACUUGAAUCAUCACUUCAGGAUUCAGGACAAAGGCUUUGGGAUAACUUCAAGUCUAUGGGACUGGGUGUUUGGAACACUUCCUCAAACCAAAGCUGCUAAAAAGAGUAGAUAAUUCUCGUAAUUGGUUAGAAUAGUAAGUAAUAUCAGCAAGCUGCUCAACGUACCUUUGAUUCCUUAACAUUCUUUGUUCUCCUAAAUUUAUUGUUUGCAUAAAUUUAUGUUUUCGGGGUGGGGUAUCACGGUGGUUUCAAAUUUUGUUGUUCUGUAAAUUAAGAAUGAUGUACUCAGAUUCCCUGGUUGUUUAUUAAGCAAUUCCUUGUCUAUAAUGUGUUGUUUCUCGUUUUGCUCCUU